UGAAAAAAGUCAAACAUAGCUCCGUGGCAAUGUUCUUUCAACCCUCCCACAUGAAACAGAGGAACGGAAGCUGACGAGAGAGAGAGAGAGAGGGAAGAGAAGAAGGAUGUCGUCGACGACGGAAGCAAGAUCGCCGUUACCGUUACUGUUCCGUCGAAGGUCGAGCAAAGACGUUAAGAAUUUGGCGUCGAUAUCGAGCAGUCUGUUGCCGGCGUUUGGCACCGUCAUCGAGGAAGGUCAACUCUCUACCAAGAAAUUCAUCAUCGUCCCUUACGAUCGUCGAUACAGGAUAUGGCAGACGUUCCUGGUGAUACUGGUGGGGUACACGGCGUGGGCGGCUCCGUUCGAGCUGGCGUUCAAGAGAGCAGCGGAAGGGGCAUUAUUGACCGUCGAUCUCAUCGUUGACUUUUUCUUCGCCGUCGAUAUCGUCCUCACCUUCUUCGUCUGCUACUUGGACAAGUCCACUUACCUCUUGGUCGACGACCGCAAGUCCAUCGCCAAACGGUACGUGAUGAGCGCGUUCUUCGUGAUGGACGUGGCCUCGACGUUGCCGUUUCAGUUCUUGUACAAAGUGUUCACCGGAGGCAUCGGUAAAGGCCAAGCCUUUGUCUUCCUCAACUUGCUCCGCCUCUGGCGUCUCCGUCGCGUGGCCGAGCUCUUCAAAAGACUUGAGAAAGACACACAGUUCAACUACUUCAUCACCAGACUCAUCAAACUCCUCUGCGUGACGGUGUUUUCGGUUCACUCAGCGGGGUGCAUCUUGUUCUGGUUAGCGUACCAUUACCCUAAACCGACCGAGACGUGGAUAGGAGUUCAGGUGCCUGAGUUCAAAGAGAAAAGCAUAUGGUUAGGCUACACGUAUUCGAUGUAUUGGUCCAUCGUCACCCUCACCACCGUCGGGUAUGGCGAUCUGCACGCGGUUAACACCAGAGAGAAGCUCUUCAACAUGUUCUACAUGCUUUUCAACAUCGGCCUCACCGCUUAUAUCAUCGGUAACAUGACCAAUCUUGUCGUCCACAGCGCCAUCCGCACCUUCUCCAUGAGGAAUGCGAUUAACCAUAUACUGAGAUACACGAGCAAGAACAGAUUGCCGGAGAGCAUGAGGGAGCAGAUGCUUGCCCACAUGCAACUGAAGUUCAAAACAGCGGAACUGAAACAAGAAGAAGUGCUUCAGGAUCUUCCCAAGGCAAUCAGAUCAAGCAUCAACCAGCAUCUUUUCCGUUCCACCGUCGAAAACGCCUAUCUCUUCAAAGGAGUUCCCGAUGGCCUCAUCGUCCAGUUGGUUUCGAAUAUGAAAGCCGAGUAUUUCCCGCCGAAAGUCGAUAUAAUCUUGAAAAACGAGAUCCCUGCAGAUUUCUACAUCCUCGUAUCAGGAAGUGUGGAAAUAAUUGCUCCAAAGGGUAUGAACGAGCAGGUCUUGUCAAAAUUAGGGCCAGGAGAAAUGGCGGGAGAGAUCGGUGUGAUGUUCAACAUUCACCAGCCCUUCACUGUCAGAACCAGGAGGCUGUCGCAGGUCAUUCGGAUCGGUCAUCAUCAGUUCAAGGAUUUGGUCCAAUCCGACGUGGACGACGCCAAGAUCAUCAUCACCAACUUCAUGAACCAUCUGAAAGAUCUGAACGAGGAUAUGAAGAAAGAAAUCCCAUUUCUCAGCGAUUUAUUAGACAACCAUGGAGUCGAGCGACAGGUACAGAACGAGGAAUCAGAGGCUACUGAGCAAGGAGAUGCUACAGGAGGCCAAGACGCAAGCAGAAAUAUGCAAAACUCUGCAUCCAUGGUGAGGGUGAUCAUGCAUGGGCAUCAUCCUAGUGAAGGCGAGGGUACAAGCAAUGAUUCAAAUGGGAAACUAAUCAAUUUGCCUGACUCCAUCCAUGCUCUAUUGGACAUUGCAGAGAAGAAGUUCGGGAGACGAGGGAGCAAUGUGGUCAUGGAAGAUGGCGGGAGAGUCGAAGAACUUGACGCUCUGAGAGACAAUGAUCAUUUGUACAUCUUUUGAAAUCCUAUUCACUUUUUUUGGGUGACGUGGAUUUAAUUUGUGGUGAUUAUCUAUAUAAUUACCGUACGCGAGCCCGAUAAUUACAAAAGUAAACUCUAUAAUCAAGAAUGCGAAAAAUAUAUAAUUUUAAAAAACAUUA